AAUCGUCUCCAGCAGGCGAGGGGUUAAUCGAGGUGCGGCGACAGAAGGAAACUCUCGUGUGGGUUUGAGCUCUCGCGAGGUUUCAUUGGGCUGUGAACAUGGCGGACGCGGAAGGAGAGACUCUGGAGUCCUGGCUCAAUAAAGCCACUAACCCCUCCAACAGACAGGAGGACUGGGAGUACAUUAUAGGAUUCUGUGAUCAAAUCAAUAAAGAAUUAGAAGGUCCACAGAUAGCGGUGAGGUUGGUGGCUCAUAAAAUCCAGUCCCCACAAGAAUGGGAGGCAGUUCAGGCAUUGACAGUGUUGGAAGCUUGCAUGAAGAACUGUGGAAGAAGAUUCCAUAACGAAGUUGGAAAAUUUCGAUUUUUAAAUGAAUUAAUCAAAGUAGUCUCGCCCAAAUACCUUGGUGACAGGGUGUCGGAGAAGGUGAAGAGGAAAGUCGUUGAAAUGCUGUACAGCUGGGCAGUGGCCCUGCCGGACGAAGCCAAAAUUAACGAGGCCUAUCAGAUGCUGAAGAGGCAAGGUAUUGUAUCCUGUGAUCCAGAGAUACCUGUAGAUCAGACUCUCCUUCCAUCACCCCCGACACGCCCCAAAAACCCAGUGUUCGAGGAUGAAGAAAAGAGUAAGCUGCUGGCUGAGCUGCUGAAAAGCAAAAACCCAGAGGAUCUGCAGGAGGCUAACAGGCUCAUUAAGAACAUGGUGAAAGAGGACGAAGCCCGGAUGCAGAAGGUAACGAAACGCGUGAACGCACUGGAGGAGGUCAAUAACAACGUGAAGCUCCUCAAUGAAAUGCUGACCCACUUCAACAGAGAGGAGUCUUCAGAAGCAGACCGAGAGCUUAUAAAGGAGCUGUACGAACGCUGUGACAAGAUGAGACGUAAUGUAUUCAAAUUAGCCACGGAGACGGAGGACAACGACAACAGUUUAGGUGACAUCCUCCAAGCAAGCGAUGAUCUGUCACGUGGAAUAAAUUCCUACAAGAAGAUUGUUGAAGGACAGGCUGUCAAUGGAGAGACUGACCUUCCUGGAUCAGCAAAUACGGACAGUAAAUUCGGCAGUAAGGGUAGCAGAAACACAGAGACCCUGAUUGACCUGGAUGAGCUCGACAUUCCCAGCCCACCCUUUUCAGAGCCAGCUCCGCCUCCUGCACCCGCUCCAGCCCUAGUCCCAGCAAAUCCGCUGCUGGCCCCAGCGAUCCCAGUCCUACCCCCUCCCCCUCACCUGCAGGCUUCCUCUCGGAGCCGAUCCUCCAGUCAGACCAAGAACACAGCCCCCCAGGCCAGCGGCGCCCUCUCCCUGCUGGACGAGGAACUGCUCUCUCUGGGGUUAAAUGAUCCAGUACCCACUUUGACUAAUGGAAAGGAGGGUACACUUAACAGACAGUGGACCACACUACAGGCCUCCGACAGCGGGUUAGACUUCUUUAACAGCAAGCCUCUGUCUGCUGGGCCGAUGUUCCCUGCAGCCCCUGUGUCCCGCAUUGCUCCUUGUAGUUACCCGGCCGCUCCCUCCCUGCCCAAGUCCGGUCCGGCCCCGUUCCUGUUCCCAGGGGCUGGGCUGCAGGCAGCACCUCACUCCGGGAAUCAAGCCUUGCAGGAUCUCAGCAUGCUGGACCUGGGGGAGCCAGUGGGGCUGCCUGCCCAGUUGAAACCGGAGCCCAUGUUCUGUCUGGGAGCUUCCUCCAAUGCUGCUUCCACGUCUGUCUUGGGGUUCCCCGGUCCACCCGCCACCACGGCCUCCCUUCCUGCUGCAUGCAUGGGCACCCCUGUCUCCCACGCCAUGGUCCAGGCCAUUGCUUCCUCAUCGGCCCCCGGCAGCCCCCUCUUCCGCUCCCCUUCCCCCCUCCACCCGACGCUCCAGGGGAGCCCUGCAAGGGGGCCCGAUGCUUCACUUGCCAGUGUUCACGUGAAGCUGGACUCCAUCAAACCCAGCAAGGUCCUGCCUGUUACAGCCUAUGAUAAGAAUGGGGUUCGGGUGCUGAUGCACUUCUCUUCAGAGUGCCCCCCAGGUAGACCGGAUGUGCUGGUGAUUGUGGUGUCGAUGCUGAACACAGCCCCCCUCCCCGUCCAGAACGUAGUCCUGCAGGCUGCAGUGCCCAAGUCGAUGAAGGUCAAACUGCAGCCCCCAUCGGAAACAGAACUGGCUCCUUUCAACCCCAUCCUGCCCCCAGCCACCAUCACACAGGUCAUGCUGCUAGCAAACCCAAUGAAGGAAAAGGUGAGACUGCGGUACAAGCUGACGUUUACACUGGGUGACCAGGUCUGUACAGAGGCCGGAGAAGUGGAUCAGUUUCCACCGGCCGAAAAAUGGGGUUAUCUAUAGCACUGGCACUGAAGGACGGGACCCCCCAGACACAGUAAUGGAUGGGACUUUGUCGACUUCAGAUAGCUGAGACAGAAUCAAUGCAUUCAUUAAUGUUUUUCCUUAGAAGGCAAGUGCUAUUACUGCUACAAAAUCCACUGUGUAUCCUCUACUUGUGUUUUCAUUUGAUUUAUUUAAAUUCAAUUUGUUUUUUUUUUUUUAAAACUCUGUUCCCCUAAACUCUUAGCCCUUGGCUUCACAUGUAGAAAGGCUGGAUUUGCAAGACAGGUUCCAUUAAUGGGAGACCCCACUGAACUGUUAAAUCCCAGAGUGUGUGUAAGGGUGAGGGGAGAAAAUGGUUUUAAAAGAGCCUAUCUGCAACUGCGAAAGAAAUCCCCCCGGAGACGCGGAGACCGCUGAAGAGGAACGUACUGCUUGGCUCCUGCCGAGUGGCAGGAUAGCAUGUGAUACAUUGCACAGGGUGCCAAAAAAGUAUUUAAUAAACUUCAUUUUUUUAUUUUUUCAAAAUAAUGCUGGGUAGGAAUUGAAGUACAGCAAUUGCUGCUGUACAGUAACUGUCAGUCUUGUGUAGAGAUGGUGCUGUGACUGAUUGGGGACUGUACGUUCAGAGGAUCUGUCUGCAAGAGGUUCUUGUAAACCAGAUAUGAAGUCACGGGGCAGAUGCAUCUCUUAAGAGCUGCUGCUGUUAGCAAAAUUAGCUACACUUAACAUGUGAAAGUUGCUGUCUAUUUAAAAUGUAUUUACAUUCCUUCCUGUUUAAGGAUAAGCAGGUCCAUUUACUUUGUCUGGGAUCAAGGUUAGGUAUCUUUAGUGUUUAAGAGAAUCAGAGGGGUUAGUAUCAGUGAAGUGUUCAUCUACAGCCUUGGAAACAAAUGGAAGAAGCACCCCUACAGUCAUUUCCAAGCACCAAUAUCAGGCAAAUAGAAAGCUUUUUGAACUCAUAAUGAAGUGGCAAAUGUAUUUAAAAGCACUAGGACUUAAGAAUUGCCUGGAAUUGUAUAGGCUGGUUAUUUUGUCAAACAGGGUCAGUAAUAGUCUUCUUGCUGUUGCAUAUCAAAUAUGAAUUUUUUUUCUUUUUUUUUUUUAAAAGCAGCAGCUUAAUGGAGAUUGAGACACACACACACACUGUUAAGGUGUGGGGCUCUUCACUGUUGUCUGACAUUCAGUUCAAAUCCAACUUCUUUCAAAAAAAUUGCAGUUAAUAAUAAAAUGGAGUAUAUGCUUUGAAUACAUGGCCUUACAUUUGCUUAGCCUGUACCACAAUGUAUACGUAACACUGUUUAAUUUUAACUUAAAUGUACCUCAGUUGUUUGCUGCUAGUUCUGUAACAUUAGCACACACCUCUAAUAGCACACACUGUUAAGGUGUGGGGCUCUUCACUGUUGUCUGACAUUCAGUUCAAAUCCAACUUCUUU